AUGGCCUCGCCGCUGAAAGUGGAGCAGGACGUGCAGAGCAAGGUGGAGUCGUUUCGGGCCCGAAUCGCACAGGAGGCCGAGGAUCUGGUGUCCACCUUCUUCCCUCAGAAGCUGUCGGAGCUGGACAGCCGCGUCCAGGAGCUCCGCCUGCAGGACCUGUCCCGCAUCCGCUCGGUGCCGGCCCCGGAGCCGCCCGCCGCCCAGGACACGCCGGACACCGCGGGCGACGGGCCCAACCGCGAGCCGCCGCCCCCGCCGCCCGCCGCCCUGCAGCAGGCGCCACCCGGGAAGGGCGUCUCGCUGCCCGGGGGCGAGGGGCAGCUGCUGCGAAGCAACCAGCACCUGGUGGAGCUGAUCGAGCGCGUCAAGCCCGAGAUCGAGCUGCUGAGGGAGAAGUGCAACACGGUGCGCAUGUGGGUGCAGCUGCUCAUCCCCAAGGUGGAGGACGGCAACAACUUCGGAGUGUCCAUCCAGGAGGACACCGUGGACCAGCUGUGGACGGUGGAGAGCACGGCCGCCUCCUACCUGCGACGCUUCUCCACCUACUACAACACCCGCGCCAAGCUCGUGUCCAAGAUCGUCAAGUACCCGCAGGUGGAAGACUACCGGCGCACGGUGGCCGAGGUGGACGAGAACGAGUACCUGAGCGUGCGCCAGAUCCUGCUGCAUGUGCGAAACCAGUACGCCACCUUGCACGACGUGAUCCUCAAGAACAUCGAGAAGAUCAAGACCCCUCGCAGCGCCAACACCGAGAACCUGUACUGA